AUGUUCGACCUGCUGCUGGGAGUGACAUCGUCGCUAUACAAAAUUAUUUCCGGCAAGACGCCGUACACUUCGCGCAUGGAAUGUGCCAACCGGCCGCCAAGUUUGCUCCAUGUGGGCCGUGGCUGCUCCACUAAACACGCACAGGGCGCGCGCUGCAGCGAGGCAGCCCACGCUAGUCAGCCACCGCCGCGCUGCCCGCUGCCCGAGUUCGAGGGGCCUGCGCUGCGCGACCGGCCGGCCGCCGUCAUCCGCCCUCGUGCCCAACAGCUCGUGCCCAACAGCUCGUGCCCAACAGCUCGUGCCCAACAGCUCGUGCCCAACAGCUCGUGCCCAACAGCUCGUGCCCAACAGCUCGUGCCCAACAGCUCGUGCCCAACAGCUCGUGCCCAACAGCUCGUGCCCAACAGCUCGUGCCCAACAGCUCGUGCCCAACAGCUCGUGCCCAACAGCUCGUGCCCAACAGAUCGUGCCCAACAGCUCGUGCCCAACAGCUCGUGCCCAACAGAUCGUGCCCAACAGCUCGUGCCCAACAGCUCGUGCCCAACAGCUCGUGCCCAACAGAUCGUGCCCAACAGAUCGUGCCCAACAGAUCGUGCCCAACAGAUCGUGCCCAACAGAUCGUGCCCAACAGAUCGUGCCCAACAGAUCGUGCCCAACAGAUCGUGCCCAACAGAUCGUGCCCAACAGCUCGUGCCCAACAGCUCGUGCCCAACAGCUCGUGCCCAACAGAUCGUGCCCAACAGCUCGUGCCCAACAGCUCGUGCCCAACAGCUCGUGCCCAACAGAUCGUGCCCAACAGCUCGUGCCCAACAGCUCGUGCCCAACAGCUCGUGCCCAACAGAUCGUGCCCAACAGCUCGUGCCCAACAGCUCGUGCCCAACAGCUCGUGCCCAACAGAUCGUGCCCAACAGCUCGUGCCCAACAGCUCGUGCCCAACAGCUCGUGCCCAACAGCUCGUGCCCAACAGCUCGUGCCCAACAGCUCGUGCCCAACAGCUCGUGCCCAACAGAUCGUGCCCAACAGAUCGUGCCCAACAGAUCGUGCCCAACAGAUCGUGCCCAACAGAUCGUGCCCAACAGAUCGUGCCCAACAGAUCGUGCCUAA